AUGCCUACACCGGAGUCCGCUGCGUUCCUGGCCAAGAAGCCAAAGGUUGCGCCUACAUUCGAUGGUGUCGACUACGAGGACAACGUUGCCCUGAAGGGCGCGCAGGACGCUAUCAUCCGCGAGCAGUGGGUUCAGAGUAUGAUGGCCAGGCUGGUCCGGGAAGAGAUGGGCAAGUGCUACAGAAGGGAGGGAGUCAACCACCUGGAGAAGUGCGGGCACCUGAGAGAGCGCUACUUCGAGCUGCUGAAGAGCGCCAAGGUCAAGGGUUACUUAUUCCAGCAGCAGAACUACAACGAC